UUUUCCUACCAAAAGUGAUGUAAAUAGUGAUAAUAAAGGAAUGGUUGAUGAAACAACUAAGAGAUCUUCAUAUGUUCGAGUAACCUCAUUAGCAACCACUGAUGAUUUGAGGAAAAAUGAAACCAAAGAAAAUAUUUUAUGUGCAGCCAUUGAACCAAAUUUUAAUGAAGUAACUGCUACAAUACGAAUCAAACAAAAAAUAUCACCACAUAAACUUCUUGGUUCCAACAAUUCCUCGACGAACACUAAUGAAAUUGAAGAAAUCUCUGAGUGUAGUAAAUUUGUAGCUGAUCAAAAUACCCAGCAGCAAAAGUUAAUCUGCAAACAAAACAACAGCAGUGGGAAUCCUCGAAGCUUGCAAAAUACAUUGAACAAAGAAAUCAAGAAAACUAAGAAUGAACAUGAGAAGAAUAUGAACACUAUUUUCAACGUUUCAUGCAUAAUCCAAUCAAAUGAUAAUGAGCCCAAUCAAAUUGAUGAAAUGACGUUAAUCGCUACCGAGUUCCAAACCAAGGCCAAAGCUACCAACGAAAAAAUUGAUCAAUUUUCUGGCUCAAAAAAAAAAAACUCUUCAGGAAGCGAAAAAGACGACCAAGAAUUGAGAUUUAGAAAUUCUGAUUCCUCACGUAACAGCCUAGGGGCAUAUAUGUGUACAAAAGGAAAAAAAGAAGGUUUAUGUGGUCUAUGGAACAUUGGUAACACGUGCUUCAUGAAUUCUAUGCUGCAGUGCCUAAGCCAUACACAAGAGCUUACUGCUUUUUUGCGCAAUCGACUAUCGGAUGAAUGUGGGAACAACAAAGAUAAACGUAUUCUAAUAGAAUACACCAAACUGAUCAAUGGUAUGUGGAGCGGGUUGCAUAGCUGUAUGAAUCCGUCAGAGUUUAAGUAUGCCUUUUCAAGCAAACAUCGAAUGUAUUCCGGAUCUGCGCAGCAAGAUGCACAAGAGUUUUUGAGAUUUUUUAUUGAUUCUCUGCAUGGUGCUCUGAAUAAUACCGUUAAAAGAGAAGCCCUAGGCGACAUCGACGACAACAUGGAUAAUCGUGUAAAGGCGAACAUGCUUUGGGAUUGGUAUUCUAAAGCAGAAAACUCCAUGAUCAAAGAUCUUUUCGUGGGGCAGUUACGUAGCACUUUGAAGUGUACAUAUUGUAAUUUAGAGAGUACGAUGUUUGACCCAUUUUGGGAUUUAAGCUAA